AUGUAUGCAGCCGUGAAGCCCCUCUCCAGUUACUUGCGCCUGAAGACAGUGCGCAUAUACGAUCCGAUUUUCACGCUACACUCGAAGUGCACCAUCGUGAUCCUGCUGACCUGCACCUUUCUGCUGUCGGCGAAGCAGUAUUUCGGGGAGCCGAUACUGUGCAUCAGCUCCGAGAAGCACACGGAGUACGUGCAGUCCUACUGCUGGACCAUGGGCACCUACAUCCUGCCCGCCGAGGGCGAGGGUGAGAGCUCCAGCAGCUGGGACUUUGCCUUCUACUCGUCCUCCUCCGCCGCCGAGUCCUUCAAUCUGAGCAGCCUGCGCGCUUUGGUGGCCCACAAUGAGCAGUACGCCCGGAUCGUCUCGAUUGCCGAGGGCGUUGGGCCCGAAACGAGGGGCGUCACCAAGAGGAUGUAUCUUCGCUACUACCAAUGGGUCUUUAUGAUCCUGCUCUUCCAGUCGCUGCUUUUUUACUUCCCCUCCUUCCUGUGGAAGGUGUGGGAGGGCCAGCGCAUGGAGCAGCUCUGCUGCGAGGUCGGCGACGCCCUCAUCCUGGAGUCCACCUACCGCACCCGCCUCCAGAUGCUCACCAAGUACUUUCGCGCCCAGUUCGCCCCCAUCCACUGCUGCUACUCCCUGAAGUACGCCUUCUGCGAGCUGCUCAAUCUCCUCAUCAGCAUUCUGAACUUCUGGCUAAUGGACGUGGUGUUCAAUGGGUUCUGGCACAAGUACAUUCACGCCCUGGCCGCCAUACCCGUGUACGAUUGGAAUCUCUGGAACCUGAUGACGUCGCGUGUCUUCCCCAAGGUCGCCAAGUGCGAGAUGUUCGUUUACGGCCCGAGCGGCACACCGAAUGUCCUCGACAUCCUGUGCGUCCUGCCACUGAACAUCUUGAACGAGAAGAUCUUCGCCGUGCUGUACGUGUGGUUCCUGUUCAUCGCCAUGCUGGCGGCCAUCAAUAUCUGCUAUCGCCUGCUGCUCUUCUGCUGCUCCGAGCUGCGGCUGCAGCUGCUGCGCACCCACCUGCGCGGAAUGCCCAAGGCGCAUGUGCGCCAGGUGCUGGCCAACGGGGGCUACGGCGACUGGUUUGUGCUCAUGUGCGUCAGCAUCAACGUGAAUCCCUCGCUCUUCCGGGAUCUCCUCGAGCAGCUGUACGCGGAGCAGCGGCAGUCGCGCCAGCCCCUGGAGGAGCAGCCCCUGUCCACGGUGGUCAGAGAUCCUUCGGUGGCGAAAGUCGAUGGGAACCCCAUCGAUCCAAUGGCCGAUCGCCACUCGGUUGGCACGGUGAGCAGCCGUCGAGUGGAGGUGCCCACAAUGCCCACGGCCCCGACUCUCAAUUUAAUGGCGCCCAACGACGAGAUCAUCAGCAUGGAUCGCUUCUACCACGAGAGCCAGGCCUAG